CACAUCCACUUUGACCAGGCCUCCCACACCUGCCGGCACCCUCUGCCGUGACUCCUCGGGUCGACACAGCACAGCAAUCAUGAAGCUGCAACUGCCAAACCCCAGGCUGGAAGACAGGAUAUACUCCUAUGAUGAGCUAGAAAAGAUGGAGAAGGAAGAAGCUGGCGACAGACCCAAAUGGGACAACAAGGCCCAGUACAUGCUGACCUGCAUUGGCUUCUGCGUGGGAUUAGGAAAUGUGUGGCGAUUCCCUUAUCUGUGCCAGAGCCAUGGAGGAGGGGCCUUCAUGAUCCCUUUUCUGAUUCUUCUGGUCUUCGAAGGCAUUCCCCUGUUGCACUUGGAGUUUGCGAUUGGACAGCGUCUGAGGAAAGGCAGCGUGGGAGUUUGGAAUGCUAUCCACCCUUACCUGGGAGGCGUUGGUAUUGCAUCCAUGAUGGUCUCCUUCCUGGUGGGGUUAUAUUAUAACACCAUUAUCGCAUGGGUGAUGUGGUAUUUCUUCAAUUCCUUCCAGGAGCCUCUUCCAUGGAGCCAAUGUCCACUCAAUGAGAACAAAACAGGUUAUAUUAAAGAAUGUGCCGACUCAUCCCCUGUGGAUUACUACUGGUACCGGGAGACACUGAACAUCUCUACCAAGAUCGAUGACAGCGGCAGCGUCCAUUGGUGGCUCCUACUCUGCCUGGCAUGUGCAUGGGCUGUGCUUUAUGUCUGCUGCAUAAGAGGCAUUGAAACAACGGGAAAGGCAGUUUACAUCACUUCAACGCUUCCUUAUUUGGUGCUGACGAUAUUCCUCAUCAGAGGUUUAACUCUUAAAGGAUCAGUCAAUGGUAUCAUCUACCUUUUCACCCCUGAUAUUGAUGAACUGGCCAACCCUGCAACGUGGCUGGACGCAGGCGCUCAGGUGUUCUACUCGUUCUCAUUGGCCUUUGGGGGCCUCAUCUCCUUUUCAAGCUACAACUCUGUUCACAACAAUUGUGAAAGAGAUGCAGUCAUCAUUUCAGUCAUUAAUGGCUUCACAUCUAUUUACGCUGCUACGGUUAUUUACUCCAUCAUUGGUUUCCGGGCAACUGAAAGAUACGACGACUGCAUAAGCGGAAAUAUUGUGAGCCUUUUGAAUACUUUUAAUUUACCUGACGGCAACAUCACAGAGGCCACCUAUGAACAAGCCUUGCAGUCAUUGAACAGCACCUUCCCCACUGAGCUUUCCAACCUGAAUCUACCAACCUGUAACAUGGACAAAUUCCUGAGUGAUGGUGUUGAAGGCACUGGCUUAGCCUUCAUCGUCUUCACAGAAGCCAUCACAAAGAUGCCGAUAUCCCCACUUUGGUCCAUUCUGUUCUUCAUCAUGCUCUUCUGUCUGGGGCUCUCCUCCAUGUUUGGCAACAUUGAAGGAGUCCUGGUGCCAAUGCAGGAUCUGAAGAUUUUUCCAAAAUCAUGGCCCAAGGAAGCAAUCACUGGUACCAUUUGUCUGGGCUGUUUCCUGCUUGCUAUAAUCUUUGUACAGUCGUCUGGAAACUACUGGCUCGCCCUGUUUGAUUCCUUUGCUGGGUCGAUUCCUUUAUUAAUUAUUGCUUUCUGCGAGAUGGUUGGGGUUGUGUACCUGUAUGGAAUUGACAGAUUUAAUAAAGAUAUUGAAUUCAUGAUUGGCCACAAGCCCAACAUAUUCUGGCAAGCCACCUGGAGGGUGAUCAGUCCCCUCAUCAUGCUCUUCAUCUUCCUGUUUUAUUUUGUGACAAAAGUCAACCAAGAACUGCUGUAUAUCGCAUGGGACCCAGAAUAUGUGAAUUUUCCCACCCUGAAGGAACUGGGCUACCCCAGCUGGGUUUACGUCAUUAUUUUCAUCUUGGCUGGAAUUCCAAGUCUCUCCGUUCCCAUCACUGCCAUUUUCAAAUGGAUUCAUAAUCGGUGCAGAAAGGGAGAGGACCACACAAACCUCAUGACAGUCUCUUCAGUGGUAUCUAUGAAGCAGGUGACUGGAGAUAUAUAAAAUUUCACAAUGAACUGAGAACAGCCAUCUUUGUUUAACACGAGUGGAGAAAACAUCCUCUGCAUGUAUAACAUAGAUCUGCACAGAGGGGAAGUUUCAAGGACAAGCUAAAGUUCAUUUUCUUGUUCCGGGAGAGCAAACAAAGCCCUUCCGUUUAUGAACUCCUAUUUAGUAACUGCUGAGAGACGUUAAAGAGGCGCCGUGUCUCCCUCACGCCCUGGGCAGACCAAAAUAUCUGUUUAGGGGUACCGUUAUCCCACCCAUUUUGCAGAAUUUCCCAUCUUUUUUUUUUCCUCCUAAACUAAAAGUCCUGGAAAUAAACUGUUUACAGAAAUAUUUAUUAAAUUUGCACUUUCUGGGUUGAUAGAUUACACAAGUUUUCUUUUUUAUAUUCUCGCUUUGCAUUUAUUGAAAAUCCCUAAUGUUCAGUCGGAACUUGUUUAAUUAGAAGUGGGUAAGAUAUUUCAUGUCGGACUGUAAGGAUGUAUUUUGUUGGUUUGUCGUUUUUUUCACGUUGUCUUAAAACUGAG